AUGGCUAUGCUGGCUAUUAUGGCUCCAACCACAGACGACAACACGGUUGACGAAUCGCCAAAAUGUAACGAUCCCAAGCUCAAGAAGCUCAUCCUUGACAAUAUCAAAAAUGACGCCCCAACGUCAAAACGAGCAAUUCAAAAAGCCGCCGAGACGCAAUUUGGAGGAAUUUUCGACGUGAUCUGCAGUCCUUGUGAAUUCUCGUUCGUCAUCAGCUCCCAGAAAUACUGCGAUGGUAUCAAAAAUCAGGUAUUUUUGAAUAGCUAG